AUGGGAAACGUGGGGUUUUUAUUACAGCACAAGCUCGGCUUGGCCAACAGCACCUCUUGGCUCAAGUUUCACGUUCAAUGUCGCAAUCAGCCCAAAAAUAUUUUGGUCGUCGUUGUCGAAGAUGUCGACCCGAGGUCGGCCCCAUGUCUUCCGCGAAUUCAAUCAAAUCGCCUGGAUAAGGAAACAGGUAAUCAAUUCAGUACACCACCUUUAUCUUAUGCGAGAGCUGCUCGCGUUCAACGUCCCACUCGUAUCUGA